AUGGAAAUCAGCAACAUUGCACUGGAGCUUGGACCUUCAUGUCGGGUUUAUACUCCUCAUGAUGGAGACGUCUUUGAUCGUCUUAUAUCACGAUGGUCAUCAAUGAACAUAUCUCUUCCACAUGCCAUCGCCACGCCUGCAAUUGCAGAAGAUAUCACCAAAGUCAUCAAGUAUGCCGCCAAACAUAAUCUCAAGGUCGUGCCGGUCGCUGGGGCUCACGGAUCCUUUCUUCCUAUUUCAUCAAGAACUAUAUAUCUUUCCAUGUCAGAGUUCAAGGACGUCCAUCUCGACGAAGAGCGAGGAGAGGUGACCGUAUCUGGAGGCUGUGUGGCCGGCGACGUGCUAAAGUCGCUUUCAGCUCAGGGCUGGUACACCUGCUUUCCGAAUUCAAACGCUGUUGGCAUGAUCGGCUCCUUGAUCGGUGGCCUAAAUCAUCCACUAGUCGGGCUUCACGGACUGGGUGUGGACUGCAUCAAGUCGAUCGACAUCGUUCCCUUCAGCAUGGACGACGGAUCCGAGCUUAGGGAGAUUUCACUUUCUGAAAGCUCGACGGAGAGCUCUCGUGCACGGCUUUUCAACACUCUCUGCGGUGCGGGACAUGGCUUGGGUGUUAUCACGAGUAUGAAGCUGAAGGCAUGGAAAAUUCGUGAUCUAAAUCUAACAGACGGUCAAAUAUGGUCACGCACUAUUAUGUUCCCUCUUGAUGCUGUUGCACUCGCCGCUCAGACUUAUCUGUCUCUUCAACCACCACCUCCUCAAUUGAGCAUGGCACUAUUUUUCGUGCGCGCGCCGCCAACAGCGCCGCAGCCUCGCAUACCAAUUCUCCUACUUUCGCUCAUUUACUUUGGACCAUCGAAAGACGCUGAAGAGAUUUGUAGACAUACCUUAAACGAGGAAGUCAUGAAACGCUCGAUCAAUAUUGUUGAAGUGCCGAAGGAGUUUGCAACAUUCAAUAGCGCAAGUGAAGCUCUGAACAAACAUGGUGAUGUCAAAGAGUUCUACAGUGCAAUACUCGAAGAGGUAGAUGAAGCAGGUAUCAAACAAGCAUAUGAGAAAUGGCGCUGUUUCACAGAUGACAACCUCGCAAGUCGCGCGAACAGCAUUGCCUUUGUCACAAGUAUAUCUCAGAAGGGGCUCUCCUCAGCCGGUGAUUUUCAUUUUGGUCGAGGCCGAAGCCACUUCGUGCAAGCGUUGGCAUGGUACAAAGACCCGGACGAGAAAAGCGAAGCAGACGAGUUUGGGAUCAGAGUGAUCGAGGCCAUGAGGGCGAAGGACAGAGCUGAAGGCAGAUCGAGCUGGGGUUAUGUGAACAACGCACGAGCUGGUCAGGACAUGCGCGACAUAUAUAAUGAUGAACAGAUUCGCGAAAUUAGACGCGUCAAAGAGAUAUGGGAUCGAAGUAAUGUCGGAUGGAGUCCGGUGGUCGACGGCUGGGAAUACUGA